GUUUUAUCAGUGAGGUUACUGGUUCAGCUGCUGUCAUAGAGACCAAGGUGGUCAUCAGUCCAGGGCUCUUCUCCUCCAGAGCCUUGCACCAGCCACCUUUGUGGUUAAGAGUCGAGCUGGGCGGUGGCUGGGCCCGUCGGAAGCCCCUGACCACAGAUCAAGAGGAGGGACGACUGGUGACAGCCCAUCUGCCUGAGCCCCAAACCUCCCCUGCUGCCCAGCAGCCGGGUAGCUGAGUGGAGCCUCCAGGCCUGAGUUGGACCCUCAUUGGAGAACUGACCCAGGAUGGCUGCCUCAUCGGGCAACCUGAAUGUGGUGGAAAAGGCGAAGAACUUGACGGCGAGUGAUUGCUUUCGCUCUCGGAGCACCGUCCUGCAGGGGCAGCCCUUCGGCGGCAUCCCCACCGUGCUGGUCAUCAACAUCGUCUUGUGGGUGCUCGUCGUUUUCAUUUACUCCUUCCUCCGGAAAGCCGCGUGGGACUAUGGGCGCCUGGGUCUGCUGAUACACAAUGACAGCCUGGCCUCGCUGAUCUACGGGGAGCAGAGUGAGAAGACGUCUCCUUCCGAUAUUCCCCUGGAGGUGGAGCACAAGGACAAGGGCUCCUAUUCCUGGUUCAUCAACACCAUCACCAUGAAGAACAGAGAUCUGAUCAGCAAAUGUGGAGACGAUGCCCGCAUUUACAUCAUGUUCCAGUAUCAUCUCAUCAUCUACGUGCUCAUCCUCUGCGUCCCCUCCUUGGGCAUUAUUCUGCCCAUCAACUACAACGGGAAUGUGCUGGACUGGCAUAGUCACUUUGGUCGGACCACCAUUGUCAAUGUCUCCACAGAGAAUAAGAUCCUGUGGCUGCACAGCUUCUUUGCCUUCUUGUACUUCAUCAUCAACCUCUUCUUCAUGGCUCAUCACUGCUUAGGAUUUGUGCCCAGGAGGAGCUCCAGGGCCACAAGAACACUGAUGAUCACCUAUGUCCCCAAAGACAUCCAAGAUCCUGAUAUCAUCAUAAAGCAUUUUCACGAGGCCUAUCCAGGGUGCGUAGUGACCAGAGUCCACUUCUGCUAUAACGUCAGGACCCUCAUUGACUUGGACGAUCAGAGGCGCCAUGCAAUGCGGGGCCGGCUCUACUACACAGCCAAGGCCAAGAGGCAUGGGAGGGUGAUGAUCAGGAUCCACCCCUGUUCCCGCCUGUGCUUUUGCAAAUGUUGGACCUGCUUCAAAGAGGUAGAUGCAGAGCAAUAUUACAGUGAGCUGGAGGAGCAGCUGACCGAUGAGUUCAACGCCGAGCUCAGCCGCGUUCCGCUGAAGCGCCUGGACCUGAUCUUUGUCACCUUCCAGGACACCAGGAUGACGAUGCGCAUCGUAAAGGACUACAGGUUCAUCCAGUGUGGGGUGCGCCCCCAACAGUCCUCGGUGACCACCAUCAUCAAAUCCCACCACUGGAGGGUUGCCUUUGCCCCACACCCCAAAGACAUUAUUUGGAAACACCUGUCUGUCCGCCGCUUCAGAUGGUGGAUCCGCUUCAUCGUAAUCAACACCUUCCUCUUCUUCCUCUUUUUCUUCCUCACCACGCCCGCCAUCAUCAUCAACACCAUUGACAUGUAUAACGUCACCCGCCCCCUCGAGAAGCUGCAGAGCCCCAUCAUAACCCAGUUCUUCCCCUCCCUGAUGCUCUGGGCCUUUACAGUGAUAAUGCCUCUGAUUGUCUUCUUCUCUGUCUUCCUGGAGGCCCACUGGACCAGAUCAAAUCAGAAUCUGGUCAUUGUGUAUAAGUGCUACAUCUUUCUCGUGUUCAUGGUGAUCAUUCUGCCCUCUAUGGGACUGACCAGUUUGGAUGUCUUUUUCCGCUGGCUCUUUGACAUCUACUACCUGGACGAGGCAUCCAUCAGGUUCCAGUGUGUGUUCCUGCCAGACAACGGCGCCUUCUUCGUCAACUACGUGAUCACGGCGGCUCUGCUUGGCACGGGCAUGGAGCUGCUGCGCCCGGGGUCCCUCGUCCUGUACACCACCCGCCUCUUCUUCUCCCAGUCGGAGCCAGCGAGAGUCCACAUCAGGAGGGACCAGGCCAUGGAGUUCCAGUACGGGCGUGAGUACGCGUGGAUGAUGAACGUCUUCAGUGUGGUGGUGGCGUACAGCAUCACCUGCCCCGUCAUUGUCCCUUUCGGGCUGCUGUACCUGUGCAUGAAGCACAUCACGGACCGCUAUAACAUGUACUACUCCUACGUGCCCACCAAGCUCAACGAGCAGAUCCACAUGGCCGCCGUCAACCAGGCCAUCUUCGCGCCGCUGCUGGGUCUGUUCUGGAUGCUCUUCUUCUCCGUCCUACGAUUAGGUUCACUGCACAGCAUCACCAUCUUUUCCCUCACCUCCCUUGUCGUUUCCAUGGUAAUUGCCUUCCUGGGCACUCUUAUAGGGAGGCUUCCGAGGGCACAGGACUAUGAGCCGGAAGAGGAGAUGGAGACUGUGUUUGACAUGGAGCCAAGCAGCACCUCCUCCACGCCCACCUCCCUUCUGUAUGUGGCCACUGUGCUGCAAGAGCCGGAGAUGAACCUGACCCCAGCCUCUUCGCCCGCCCGGCACACCUACGGCACCAUGAACAGAGCGCCCGAAGAGGGAGAAGAGGAGAGCGGUGUGAGGGGCUUUGCACAGGAGCUGGACUCGGCCCAGUUCCAGGAAGGCCUGGAAUUGGAGGGCCCGAGCCAGUACCACUGACCAGGACCCGAGGCCUCCCCCUGGCAGCUCCAGCCGGGAGUGGCCGCCAGGGGUGGGCCAGGCAGGGGGAGGCAGAGGGCAGCCUGGACCUCCCCACGACUUCCCGCAGCCUUCGGAAAGGCCUGAGGAAGACGUCUGUCCAUCUGGCCACUGGCCGCGUGGCGGCCCCGGCCUGCUGACCAGCGAGAAUGGGAGGUGCUGGGCAGUGCACAGGGACCCCAGGAUGGGGUAGAGGACACAGGCAAACCUUGGGAGAGUGGCUGAAGCCCUGGACACAGAGCCUGAAGGCUCAGGACCUUCCUGGGGUCAAGAUGGAGAUACGCGUGCCUAAGGGAAGAGGCAGAAAGAAGCCCACUGACGACGCCCUGGGGUCCUCGCUGCCCUGCCAAGGAGCUUCUGCUGCUGCUCCCACCUACCCUGCCCCACUCCCGGCCCCUCCCUCUGAGGAGGCAAAGGUACGUGUGCUGGGCCUCAUCGGCAAGACAGAGGCCACCUCACCCCGGCUUCCCUGCAUGGGGUUCUGUAAAGAGGACGCUUCUGCCUUCACUGGGCAAGGGGCCGCUGAGACCCAAGACUAGAGAGAAGGCGACUGAGGCCCUCCUGUUCCUCUGCCCCCGACAGGAGUCCCCGGGGCGGCCGGGUAGAGACCCUCUCCUUUCUAUUCCUGUAAGGGUAGCUGGGACACGAUCACUCAGGACUCAUUAAACGGGACCUGUGUGCAUUUUGAUAAAGGCAAACCGUGGCUGUUACUCUAAGGUGGGAGGGGCAGAGGCAGAAUUCACGGAGUGGGGGGUCUUCUCCCAAAACGUCGGCUGGUGGGAAACCAGGCACACCUCCCCAAGCCCCAGGGCCUGAUCACAGGACUCCAAAGGCCAAGGAGGUGGCCACUGGGAGCUGCUCCUGCCUCAUGCCCACCUCAGUGCCUGGGCCCCGUGUGGCCAAGGUGGGCAGCAGCUGAGGGUAAGGAGCCCUUGGCCACUCCCUGCCCUCCAGGUAGGGCCUUGCCUCUAUGCUUGGACUGAAGACCACUCAGGUGGUCUCCAGGGUGGUCCCGGCUACAACACUGCCGAUGCCCAGCAAGGAGCGGGGCGGGGGCGGGGCGGUGACCUCCACAGAGAAGCCCCUUCUGGCAGAGUAAGGCUGCCUCCCAGAGCUGCCACGCCUGAGGCCUGGAGCCAAAUCCUGAGCAGAACCAAUGCUGGGGACACCCAGGACCUUUGCCCCGGGCAGGGGGGUGCAGGCCUCUGCCUCUGGGAACCGGUCCCCAUCAGGACUACCGGGAGCCC